AUGGUGAGGCUCGUGCUGCCCAACCCCGGCCUGGACGCCCGGAUCCCAUCCCUGGCCCAGCUGGAGACCAUCGAACAGGAGGAGUCCAGCUCCCGGCCCAAGUGGGACAACAAGGCUCAGUACAUGCUCACCUGCGUGGGCUUCUGCGUGGGCCUGGGCAACGUGUGGCGCUUCCCUUACCUGUGCCAGAGCCACGGAGGAGGCGCCUUCAUGAUCCCGUUCCUCAUCCUGCUGGUCCUGGAGGGCAUCCCCCUGCUGCACCUGGAAUUCGCCAUCGGGCAGAGGCUACGGCAGGGCAGCAUGGGCGUGUGGAGCUCCAUCCACCCGGCCCUGAAGGGCGUAGGCGUGGCCUCCAUGAUCGUGUCCUUCGUCGUGGGACUGUACUACAACACCAUCAUUGCCUGGGUCAUGUGGUACUUCUUCAACUCCUUCCAGGAGCCUCUGCCCUGGAGCCAGUGCCCACUCAACGAGAACAAGACAGGGUACGUGGAUGAGUGUGCCAGGAGCUCCCCUGUGGACUACUUCUGGUACCGAGAGACGCUCAACGUCUCCACGUCCAUCAGCAACUCGGGCUCCAUCCAGUGGUGGAUGCUGCUGUGCCUCGCUUGCGCAUGGAGCGUUCUGUACAUGUGCACCAUCCGUGGCAUCGAGACCACCGGGAAGGCUGUGUACGUCACCUCCACGCUGCCCUACGUCGUCCUGACCAUCUUCCUCAUCCGAGGCCUGACACUGAAGGGUGCCACCAACGGCAUCGUCUUCCUCUUCACACCCAACGUCACGGAGCUGGCCAACCCGGUCACCUGGCUGGACGCGGGCGCACAGGUCUUCUACUCCUUCUCCCUGGCCUUUGGGGGCCUCAUCUCCUUCUCCAGCUACAACUCUGUGCACAACAACUGCCAGAUGGAUUCGGUGAUCGUGUCCAUCAUCAACGGCUUCACGUCGGUGUACGCGGCCACCGUGGUCUACUCCAUCAUUGGCUUCCGCGCCACACAGCGCUAUGAUGACUGCUUCGACACGAACAUCCUGACCCUUAUGAACGGGUUCGACCUGGCGGAAGGCAGUGUGACCCAGGAGAACUUCACAGAGAUGCAGCGGCUAUGCAAUGACACCAACCCCGCGGCCUACGCGCAGCUGGUGUUCCAGACCUGCGACAUCAACUCCUUCCUCUCGGAGGGUGUGGAGGGCACAGGCCUGGCCUUCAUCGUCUUCACUGAGGCCAUCACCAAGAUGCCAGUGUCCCCACUGUGGUCCGUGCUCUUCUUCAUCAUGCUCUUCUGCCUCGGGCUGUCAUCCAUGUUUGGGAACAUGGAGGGUGUGGUUGUGCCCCUGCAGGACCUCAAGGUCAUCCCCCCGAAGUGGCCCAAGGAGCUGCUCACAGGCCUCAUCUGCCUGGGGACAUUUCUCAUUGGCAUCAUCUUCACGCUGAACUCUGGCCAGUACUGGCUCUCCCUGCUGGACAGCUACGCUGGCUCCAUUCCACUGCUCAUCAUCGCCUUCUGCGAGAUGUUCGCUGUGAUCUACGUGUACGGCGUGGACAGGUUCAAUAAGGACAUCGAGUUCAUGAUCGGCCACAAGCCCAACAUCUUCUGGCAAGUCACGUGGCGCGUGGUCAGCCCCCUGCUCAUGCUGGUCAUCUUCCUCUUCUUCUUCGUGGUCAAGGUCAAAGAGGAGCUGACCUACAGCGUCUGGGACCCUGGCUACGAGGAAUUUCCCAAAUCCCAGAAGAUAUCCUACCCGAACUGGGUGUAUGCGGUGGUGGUGAUUGUGGCCGGGGUGCCCUGCCUCACCAUCCCCGGCUAUGCCAUCUACAAGCUCAUCCGAAACCGCUGCCAGAAGCCAGGAGACCGCCAGGGGCUGAUGAGCACGCUGUCCACAGCCUCCGUGAACGGGGACCUGAAGUAAUAAGCAGGCCUAGUCCACAGCGUGCCACACACUGGUGGUGUCGGGGAAGGAGGAACCCGCAAGACCCCUGGGGUGGGGGCCAGGCUGCCCCUGCGUGUAUGUGACCAUGUGUGUUCGUGUGUGAGGGUGUAUAUUGUAGAUGCAUAUGCCAUGUGGACAGAUGUGUGUCAUGUGUGUGUGCAUGCAUAUGUAUGGGCAUUGUGUGAGUGUG